AGGAGAGAGAUAGAGAGAAAACAAGUGGAAAAUUUUAUCAUUUAAGGUAUGAAACAAACUUAAACCGACACCCAAAAACAAAUAUGGAGUACAAGGUAAUCUUUUAGGGAUGUAAGGUGUAGGAUGAUGUACCAAGGCAAAAUUCAAAAUACAAGUAGAAUUUAAUUCCCAACUUCUAAAUUGCAAUUGUAUGAUUAAUUAAUUUAGUAGCUCUUAAUCAACAUCCGACCUUAGCUCAGUUGGCAGAGCGGAAGACUGUAGUAGUUUGCAGAUAAUCUUUAGGUCGCUGGUUCGAUUCCGGCAGGUCGGACUUUUUUUCACUUUCCCCCAAUUUUUUUUUCUUCCCCAAUUUCUUCAUUUCACUCCUCCCUAAAACCCCAGAAACCACCAAAUCACCGCCACCAAAACCUCCAUCCAUGGCUUGGAAACACCUCUUCACCGCCAUAACCAAACACUCCCUUAAACCCUACUCUCUCUCCAAAAUCAAACCCCCCAUUUUCUCUCUCCUCCAAACUUCCCCAUUUUCAACCUCUUUUCUAAUCACAAAAACCCCCAAAAAAUUCAAGAAAAAACGCCAGAAACCCAGCCCUCGUAACACCUCCGUUCAACACCCUUCUUCCUUUAACACCCACUUCGAAAAUCUCGUCAAUCGUGAUAAUUCCUUCCGAUUUCUCACCCGAUCUAAACAAUUUCUCGCGAAACAACCCGAGCAUAUCCUCCGUUUAGAUGACGCCGGAAAACUCUACCGCGAACUGGGUUUCCCCCGUGGUAGAAAGAUCAACAAGUUCGUCGCCAAACACCCCCUCAUCUUCGAAAUUUACCGCCACGAUAACAACAAAAUGUGGUUGGGUUUUACCGAAUUCAUGGAGAAUUUACUCCAGGAGGAGGUAAAAAUCAUGGAAUCCAUGGAAUUAGAGAGGGUGAAAGUCGUGAAGAAGCUGUUAAUGAUGUCAAAGGAUAAAAGAAUGGCGUUAAGUAAGAUCUACCAUUGUAGGUCAUUGUUUGGUGUUCCUGAGAAUUUCAGAGAUUGGGUGUUGAAAUUUUCCGAUGAUUUUCGUGUUGUAAAUGGGGAUGACGGAAGUAGAAUACUCCAGCUGGUGAGGUGGGACCCAGCAUUGGCAAUUAGCGCAUUAGAGAAGGAGUUCAUGGUUGAUGAAGAGAAGGUAAAGAGGGCAUUUAAAUUUCCUGUAAAACAUGGGAAGGAAUUGGAUUUGGAGGAAGAUGAUGUGAGAAGGUUGAAUUUGUUGAAUACAUUGCCAUUAGUUUCACCAUAUUCAGAUGGGUGGAAGCAUGAACUUUCGAGUUUGGAGGGUGAGAAAUACAGGGUUGGAGUUAUACAUGAGUUUUUGAGCUUGACAUUGGAGAAGAAAGGUUCAAUUCAUCAUAUAGUGGAGUUUAAGGAAGAGUUUAGUCUUACUAAACAUACUUAUCAGAUGCUUAAGAAACAGGGUAGGGCGUUUUAUUUGGCUGGUACUGAGAUGAAUUGGGUUGUUUUUCUUAAUGAUGGGUAUGAUGAAGAUGGGAAUUUGAUUCAGAAAGAUCCUCAGGUUGAUUUUAAUGAGAGAUUGUAUAAGUUUGCUCAAAUGCAGCAUCCUGAUGAAUUGUGUUGCGACAGUAUGAAUGAAUGAUGGUGACGAAUUGAGCUUGAUCAAGCGAGAAAUUAAGAUGGGGUAAUUGGAUACUCUUAGAUGAUUUUAGGUGUCAACUGUAAGUCUGUAACAUGAAUUUUUGUAUACUGAAGUUUUCAGAAAGGUUUAAUGACAAAAAGAAGUUUUGAACUUAUGGUGUUUGGCUUGAAAUUUUGGAAGAUCAAUAGAUUUUAUUUAGCUAAUCACUUAAAA